AUGAAUAAAUCUUGUGUUGCAGGUCAGUUAACUUCUGUCCAGGUUCAGGCCUACAUCAGUAAAUCAGUCUUCAUCACGUGUAAAUUUCCAGAAGAAUUCAAAGGAAACAAGAAAUUCAUCCAAACACAUUCAUCGCAGAAGAUCUCUGUUGAUGGACAGAAUCAGUGGGUUCUUCAUGAUAAAGUGCACAUGUGUGAUGAUACCAGUGAAGGGGUUUUGAAGGUUUUUAUCAGUAAUUUAACAGCAGCUGAUGAAGGAGCAUACAGAUGUGGAGUGAAUAUCACUGAUGAUCAUCUGUUCACUGAGAUCACACUGAAGAUCAGUCAAGUUGAUCACUUUAAUGCAUCAAGUAAGUCAGCUCUUAUUGGUGAAAGUGUGAACCUCAGCUGUAAUUACCCUGAGAAACACCUGACCAUCAAACACAUCUGCAAAGAGAACAAGGAGAAGAUCUGUGAGAACAUCAGUUCAUCAGAGAUGAACCGCUUUGAGUUUUCUGAAAGUGCAGCAGGAGUUUAUACAGUGAGCAUCAGUAAUGUGAGCAUGAGAGAUGCAGGAGUUUACUGGUGUGGAGAAGAAACCAGAGACACACAUCUGACUUCUGUUACUCUCACCAAUAAACACCAGCUGACUUUAUCCAACAAAACUGAGCUGAUCUUAUCCAGUAAACCUCCGCUGACUUCAUCCAAGCCUCCAGUGGUCAAACGUGAAGGAGAUUCAGUCCAGAUCAAAUGCUCUUAUGAUGAAAACUAUUCAGCAGAAGUAAAGUAUCUGUGCAAAGGAAAGUGUUUGACUCCAGAUGAUCUGAAGAUCAAUCAAUCAGACGAAGAUCAUGAUAAAAACCCGAAGAUUUCAGUAAAGGAUGACACUGAACUCAAUCUCUUCACUGUGAACAUGACUGAGCUGAGAGCAGAGGAUGCUGGGAAAUACUGGUGUGCAGUGAAAGACACGUUUAACCUUUCCACUGAGCUCAUGAUCGUCAUGAAGAAAAUCAUCACUCAUGUUGUGUCUGUCGGAGGAUCAGUGUCCAUCAGAUGUAAAUACUUCAGGAAUCAAACACAGAGGUUUUUCUGCAAAGAAGAUCAGCCCAAUAUCUGCAUCAGAGACGGAGUUCGUGUUUCAUCAAAUAAGAGUGUAAACAGCAGAUUUCAUCUAACUGAAGAAACCUCUGCUGGAGUCUUUACUGUGAACAUCAGCGAUCUGAGAGCAGAGGAUUCUGGGAAAUACUGGUGUGCAGAGGAGAGUUCUGGGUCCUUCAUCUUCACUGAAGUUCAGCUACAUGUGACCAGAGAAAUGACGACAGCUGACACCAAAAGAAAAACAUCCCAGAAUAAAGAAAAGCCUGGUGAGUCUGCUUCUCAGCUGGAGUUGGAGAUGAUAUUUACAAAACGACCUCACCUGAAACCAAAAACACAGCAGUCCAGGAAACAGAAAGAGCUGGUAAGAGCCAGCAACUCUUUUUCACGCUAUGAUGUAAAGCUCUUAUGUUCUUGA